AUGAAUCCAGAUGAAGAAAAUUUCGAUGAUGACAAUGUCGAUGAUGACAUUGAUGAUAUUCCACCACCACCGGGUGUCGGACGCGGAGGACGCGGACGCGGUGGACGUAGACGUGCUUUACCCCGCCGCGUUGUUCGGAAUCGAUGGUUGGAGGGUAUGCCCAAGUCUCGAACCGUAGAUGGUGUGGAAGAGGAGUACGACUCCUACGACGACGAUGAUGACCACGAGGACGAGGAAAUUGCCGAUAUUGCACUUCUAGCUCCUCAAAAUGAAUUGUUGGUUGACCGGUAUGGUAGACCCAUCAUCAUGCCAUAUACCGCCACAGAUUUGCAACCCCAAAAUCCGGCGAAUAAGGCAAUCAAUAAUGCAUUGAAAUCCAAAUUCCAGGCUCCAUAUCUCAACUGGACGGAGGUCAGGGCAGAUGAGCGUGGAUAUCAACAAUUUUGGAAUUGCUUCAGGAUGGGAAGAGGAAGAGUAUAA